UUACUGGUAUCAAACACAUCUCGCAUUCAACACCGUACGCUAGGCUAGCAUUUGGGAAUCUUGAGAACGGAGUACAAUCCUGGUCAAUCAACGAUAAACAAGCACUACACCUAGCAUAAUAUAUGCGCGGUUUGCGAGUCCUCGAUCCGAUCCGCCGCCUGCACUCUCCGAUACUCUGCCCCUGGAAGAGAGUGUGCCGUCUCCAAGGGUCCUAGUAGAUUCUGACAUUCGGAUGGUUUAUUAUUGCUAGACCAAUUUUCGAGCUCGAGUUUUUUGGAGAACUGCAGAAACAAGAUGACGACCAUCACCAGUAAACUGAUGGACAUGGUCGUUGACCAUUUAGACGACAGCUCUCCGACCAAAGUGACCAUUGUUGGUGUCGGGCAAGUGGGCAUGGCUUGCGCCUAUAGCAUUAUGACACAGAAUAUAGCAAGUGAAAUAGCCCUGGUAGAUGUGAUUGCUGAUAAGUUAAAAGGUGAGGUUUAUGACAUGCAGCACGGUCAAGCCUUCGUCAAGGGGUGCUCGGUCAAAGGAGAUACAGAUUACAAAGUAACCGCUGGAUCUAGACUAUGUAUUAUUACUGCUGGAGCUAGGCAGAGAGAGGGAGAGAGCAGGCUUAAUCUAGUACAAAGAAAUGUCAAAAUAUUUGAAGGUAUUGUUCCCAAUCUCGUGCGCUACAGUCCAAACACAGUUCUUCUCGUCGUCUCCAAUCCCGUUGAUAUUCUCACAUACGUUGCAUGGAAACUGAGCGGCUUGCCAUCAAACAGGGUCAUAGGUUCAGGGACCAACUUGGACACGGCACGCUUCCGAUUCCUCCUCGGAGAAAAACUAGGGAUAGCGCCCUCUAGUGUCCAUGGGUACAUCAUCGGGGAGCAUGGUGAUUCAAGCGUUGCUGUGUGGUCAUCAACAACAGUAGCAGGAGUGAGCCUUCAGCAACUCGACCCUGAGAUAGGCACUGUCAAGGAUCCUGAGAAUAUGCACCAAGUUCAUCAAGAAGUCAUAGACAGUGCAUAUGAGAUUAUCAAACUGAAAGGCUAUACAUCAUGGGCCAUCGGACUGAGCUGUGCAACGCUUGCUUCAGCUGUGCUGAGGAACCAGAAGGGAGUCUAUGCCGUUUCUACCGUCGCCAAAGGAUACCAUGGUAUUGAACAUCCAGUAUUCCUUAGUCUCCCGUGCAUCCUUGGACAAGAUGGAAUCACCCAUGUUAUCAAGCAGACCUUGAAUACCAAAGAACAGGCCCAACUUCAGGCUAGCGCCAAUACCCUGUGGGACAUCGCCACUUCGCUGGAUAUCCGCGAGCCAUCGAAGUACACCAACAUGCUGAUGGGGAUCGGCCAUUUUGUAAUGUGGACGUUUGUUCCUUUGGUAGCCCUGUUCGCUGGACAUCGUGCUGGACACGGCCGGGGUUAAUCUUCUUCUUACCACCAUGCAGUAUCAAGGGCAGUGAUUUUCCGUUUGGGGUCAUAGUAGAUUCUGUUUUAAAGUGUUUGAUACAUAUGAAUAUUAUUCGGCCAUACAGUGUACCGUAGAUAAUGUACACAUCUAAUUCUAUUUUCAUAUGAAAGCUUUGAAUCGAAAGGACCUUCGUAUCUUUAAACUGAAAUAGUGUAAAAAAAAUUGAUCCAAUACCAUCGGAAACGUUAAGUUAGCUGAUAUGGGAAAGGUGUGUAUCACUCUUUGAGACUCACUAGAAAUGAAUUGAAAAGGAUGUGACAUUUUCUCUUCUUUUGAAUAUUUCUUGCAGAUUUUGUUACAAGUACAUUUCAUAUUACUAUUUGAAAACAUGUGUUUCGUUUCCAAUGGCUGUUUCUAUUAACUGCCCCUUUUCAUGUGAUUGCGGAAGAUCAUUUGCCCUACACCAUUCAGAAAUGCCAUUGGUGUUGAUUCUUGGUAUUAGGCCAUUUUCAAAAUGUAAUCAAGUUGAAUGCAUAAAACUUUGUCAAGUGCCACGUUACAAAUCGUUUCGUUCACCUGUUACAAAUAAUUGUAUUUCUAUAGUCGGAAUGCGAAUUGCAUACAUUAAUUGUUGCUAAGUAGGCAGGACAAACAUAGUGGCUUGCCCUACUGAAAUAACAAGGCGUAAUUUAUACAAUUUGUCUUCUGACUAUUGAAAUACAAUUAUUUGUAAGAGGGGAAUUAAAUAAUUUGUAUCGGGCCACUGAAGUAUAAAUAUGUUUAUACAUGUAUUACGAGAAUGGCUUAUUUUUAUUUGGUAACAACAGGGUUAACCUUAAGGCCUCGUUCAUACAUGAAACAGUAAGAAACUGCUUCAAAAAACUGCUAUGGCGAAAUAAAAUCACAUCGAUGUAUCUUUUAAUAUAAGCACCUGUAUUUUUAGUAUCAGAUCAGUGACUAUGCUUAGGAGACUUUAAUGUUGCUUCUAGCGUUCAUGUGUGCAUACAAUGGUUUUGUUUCAUCUUGACGGUGUUUUUAGGUCAGUUUACUGCAUCAUAUGUGACCUUUUAAAGACGACCUUAAUGUACUGAAUAUUUGAAAAUUCAUGAGCACCAGACACACCACCAUUCAUUUUACUAGACAUCCGUUCGAUCUCUAUGAAUAUUCAUUUUACUAGACAUCCGUUCGCUCUCUAUGAAUAUUCAUUUUACUAGACACCCGUUCGAUCUCUAUGAAUAUUUAUUUUACUAGACAUCUGUUUGAUCUCUAUGAAUAUUCAUAUUACUAGACACCUGUUUGAUCUCUAUGAAUAUUCAUAUUACUUGACACCUGUUUGAUCUCUAUGAAUAUUUAUUUUACUAGACACCCGUUUGAUUUCUAUGAAUAUGCCCCCCAAAAAUUAUUUAUUAUCAGAAGUAAUUAGUGCUUCAAAGAAAAAGAUUCAGAGUAUAUGAAAGACAAGAAGGAAGUGUAUUUGGAGAAAAUAGGAGUAGAUAAUUCAUUUUUUUCCUUCUGUUUCUUAUGUUUAUGCAUGUCUUAUAGUUCAUGUCUUUAUAGUACUUUGAUGAAUGUAGAACAUAUAUAUGGUUUACAACAUAUCAUAGUACUGGUACAUAUAUUGGGUGCAAUAGUAUAUACAUAAUGCAAGUGAAUGAGUUCAUUAUACAAUAUAUCCACACUCAUGUUGAGGCUGUAAUGUAUGCACCUAUCGUAUGAAUCCAUCAGGCUUUGUAGGACUGAUGCAUAAACAGCCUCAACGAGAGCUACAUGUAAUAGAUCCUGUAAUGAACAAAUGCAUAAUUUUUUGUAUACAAUGAAAACUGUUGGGAUAGUUCUUGAAACUGUUCCUCCCGUUUUCAUUGAAAAAAAACGUGAUAGCCUGAGUAAAUGAAUCAAACGUGAUAAUUAUACCACUCACUCUCAUAUCCUAAGCUAAUCCAGGAUCUAGGAACAAAAAGUGAUAGUUACAAUUUGUUUAGGUCAGAAAUGACAGAUGGACACUGUGAUCGGUUUCAGUUGUGGUUAUGCAAGAAUAUACAAUUCCAGUAGUUUGCAUGAAUUAUGAAAAAAGAGACUUCUUGCUUGGUUUUCUUUUUAUACUUUUACUACCUUUUAUAUUAUUUUUACUUAGCAUUCCUAGGUCUUCUUAUUUUCUAUGCAGUACUAGAAUUCUUUAAAUAAAAUGCUUAUCAUGUUUUCAUUGUAUUUUUUUUUAGAUACAUGUCCAUUAAUUCAACUUUAAUUUCAAAUUUAUUCAUGUUUCCAACAAAACAUUACAAAACAAUUAUAAGCAUUUAAAACGAAUGUAAGAAAUACAUGUUGGAAACAACCUGCUUAUGAAUAUCUAACCAUCAACAUUUAGGAAAAAGGGUGGGUGAGAAAUAGAUAUAAGUAAAAACAUGGGCUUGGAAUUUUAAGUGAAAGAAAGGCAGUAAUAGGCCUAUGAAAUGAAUGAUUUUGAGUUUAAUAAAUUAGUACCGGUAUAUUAUUAUAUUAUAUUAUAUGCUAGUUAAAAGUGUUAAUUAUUAUUAGUAUAAAAUAUCAAAUGUGAUAUUACUGGUAAACGCCUUAUAAUUGGAAACGUAGCUGUCACUGCCAUGAAGAGAGAUAUCUGUAUGCUACAUUGCUUUUAAUAUAGAUAAUAACCUGCUGCUGUACUAAGGAUAAUGCUACAGAUCAGUUGCAGAUUCAAGAAAUGGAAUUAAAUUAUUAAAAGAGAUCAUGAUUCCAAUGAUAAUUAAUUACCUUCAUGACAAGCAAAAUACUUGAUUCAUAAGUGAUAUAAAUAUAAUAUACAAGUAUACACAACUUACUAAUGAGGUACUCCAGUAUUUGAAUUUGUAACCAUGCAGCAAUAAAAUUAUGACCCUCUACCUUUGAGAAUUCCAAUACUUUUGCUUGGACCCUCUUGUUAUCAAGAUAAUGACACCAAAAGAAUGGCCUUCAUUUUGUUAGAUUGGGAUCUACAAGGAAGACAUUUUAGACAAGGAAUGCUAGAGCAGGAAAAGGGUGUUCAAGAGAAAAUGAGCACACACAACUCAUCCGUAUUAAUCUUGUAGACAACUCAAUUUGUAUUAUAUAUUUUUUAUGGAUAAUUAUUAACUAGUAAUUAGUAAUUAUGAUUAUUUUGAAGCACAAAGAUAUCCAGAUUAUUUUGUAUGUGCAUGUUGAUUCCAUUUGAUGGAGUCUAAUAUAUAUAUGUUAUACAGUAUAGCUAGAACAAAGUUCUUUUUGACAUUAUUUUUUAUCUUCAUUUUUAUUUUGUGACAUCAUAGCUUCGCAUUUAUAGUGAUAUUUCUCCCCUUGUCUUCUUGUCAUGGAUGUGUGGACUACAUGCUUGUAGUCUAGUUGAUACAGUAUUAAAAAAGGGAAAUAGAAAAACAGUGA